ACUCUUGGUGAUCUCUCCUGAAGGGGAUAAUGGGAGAGGAACGCAUUGCAAUGGCUGCCAUGUAGUACCCUCCCUGCACAAUUAGCCAAUCAGCAGCGCGCUCUGCCAGCCAGGAGGACGCAUAAAAGAAGAACAUUGCAGCAGAGGCACAGAAGGAGACUGCGAGAGGAGCAGGGAAUUACACAUAAAAACAGCAGAACCAGAACACCCUCCCCUGGACACACCCUGCUGAGGAUCACUGCUUCUUUUUUUUCUGAACCAUCGCCCACGCCACUCGGAGAGAACGCUCUCCUCAUCAUCAUCCAGUAGAAAACCCCUUUCUCCUCAUUUUCAUCCUAUAGAGGACACCUACAAUCUCAGAGGGCUGAGAUUCCCUGACGAAGAUUGUAUUUUUUUUCCUUUUUUUCUUUUUUUUUCUUUUAAUUUGGACUCCUGACAGAACAUAAGGGCCAUAUAAUAUAAAGGCCGAAGAGCAUACAGAGAUUCAGCCUCCAGCUUCAAGACCCGUGCAAAGAAGGACCUAGAUUUCUUUCAUUGUACGUCAAGAAUGGUUACUCAGAUAAUCAGCACCAUGGAAACCCAGGUGUCCAACGGUCCAAGCGGAACCAGUCUGCCUAAUGGUCCAGUCAUUAGCACCAAUGGCUCCACAGAUGACAGCAAAACCAACCUGAUCGUCAACUAUCUGCCUCAGAACAUGACCCAGGAAGAGUUCAAAAGUUUGUUUGGUAGUAUUGGAGAGAUUGAGUCCUGCAAGCUAGUCAGAGACAAGAUAACAGGUCAGAGUUUGGGAUAUGGCUUUGUAAACUAUGUGGAUCCAAAUGAUGCAGAUAAAGCUAUCAACACACUUAAUGGUCUCAAACUGCAGACUAAAACAAUCAAGGUAUCAUAUGCCCGGCCAAGCUCGGCUUCUAUUCGUGAUGCCAACCUUUACGUAAGUGGACUCCCAAAAACCAUGAGCCAGAAGGACAUGGAACAGCUGUUUUCCCAAUAUGGUCGCAUCAUCACAUCCCGCAUUUUAGUGGACCAAGUUACAGCAGGCAUAUCACGAGGAGUGGGUUUCAUCCGGUUUGACAAGCGAAACGAGGCAGAGGAGGCCAUCAAAGGUCUGAACGGACAGAAGCCUUUGGGGGCUGCAGAGCCCAUCACUGUCAAGUUUGCCAACAACCCCAGCCAGAAGACAGGCCAAGCCUUACUGACUCAGCUGUACCAGACUGCUGCCCGUCGCUACACGGGGCCCCUGCACCACCAGACUCAGCGUUUCAGCAUGAUCCCUUCACUUGGAAAGGGACCAGAUCCAAAUAACAGCUCAAAACCAAUACUCGACAAUUUACUAAACGCCAGCUACGGAGUCAAGAGUUCUCCUACUCUCUUCCCCAGAUUCUCUCCCAUCACCAUUGACAGCAUGACCAGCCUGGCCGGGGUCAACCUUACUGGUCCAACUGGAGCCGGCUGGUGCAUCUUUGUAUACAACCUGUCUCCCGAGGCGGACGAGAGCGUCCUGUGGCAGCUCUUUGGGCCCUUUGGCGCAGUCACCAACGUCAAGGUCAUCCGUGACUUCACCACCAACAAAUGUAAGGGCUUUGGCUUUGUCACCAUGACCAACUACGAUGAAGCCGCCAUGGCUAUCGCCAGCCUUAAUGGCUACCGCCUGGGUGACCGUGUGCUGCAGGUUUCCUUCAAGACCAGCAAGCAGCACAAGGCCUGAGAGAGGCAGCUGGCACCAGCUCCUUCGACUUGCAGGGAGAGCAACCUGAGCUCCCUGUGUCAUCACUCUACAUGGGCCUGGACUGAAUCUCUCUCUGACACAUUCUCACACAAAUUCAUGAUAUAUUAUCGCAAACACAGACACGCAAAUACACACAAACACACGCACACACACAUAACCAAACAUAUCCAUACGCAAGCAUACACAAGUCAGAGUUUCAAACAAACACACUAGUGGAGUUUUUCUUUUCUCUUUACACAACAUGCUAGUCCUUCCCUAUAUUUGCCUGGAUUGAAUUAGAAGGGGUACGUAGCUGGUUUGUUGGGUAGGGGCAAGAGCUAUCUAUUUAGGAGACAGUCUAACGAAUGUGACAGAGAAUGUGUACUGAGUGCUUUGAUUGAAUUCAGGCAAAUAAUGACAACUGAUGAACAAAACGAUCAAAAAUUUAAAUGAACAAAUAUGUGCAAUUUACCCAAACUCUUACCCCACCAUCUCUCCCAUUAUCUUGCUGGAGAGGAUGUAGUCACUUUUUUACACUUGGGCAUUUUGAAUCAGCGAUUUUUUUAGAUCAAAGAAAAUGAAAUUAAAAAACAGUGUUCUCUUAUAUACGUCUAUUAAAAUAUAACUAUAUAUUCAAUAUUUAAGGUGGUUAUAAUAGCCGAGUAUGUAAGCAUUUUCUAGAAACUUUGACUACUGUUUCCUGACCUGCAUUAGGUGGUGCCUAGCAUAAAGGCAGUUUCUCUACCCUGUGUGAGCUUGUUAGCUCAGACCCAAUAAGAUUUAGGUUAACCAAUGAAUACUGGUCACAGAAAAGAGUAGCCCGAAGGCCAUAAGAAUCACUCUUUCCCUCACAGUCUCACACCGAACAACACAAUAGUACACUUAUGUAUCACAGAAACACAGUUCAAUAACUAGAAGAUAUAUACAUAUUUAGUCCACAGAACAAAAAAAAAGUUCCUGUAUUUCUUCUAAUUUCUCACAAGCAGACUGUCUGUGAACUUAGAGCAGAGUGGCAGUGCUCCCAUGGUGACCGUGUUCAUUAGUAAUUCUCUAGUGGGCAAGAGUGUGACGCGUGCAAGGGGAAAACCACUUCACCAUAACACAGCCACAUCAAGGAAAUACCGGUGUUUUUCACUUUUUGCAUCAUUAUUCCAUUGCACCUGUAUUUUACACUUUCCACAGGCCAUUUUGCAUGGUUUUGUGAGCCAUGGUUUGGUGUGAUAUCCCUUUAACUAAAAGGCUGUAUGGUGUCAAGAGUUUUUUUUUUAAAAAAGCAAACGAGAUGUGAAAUACAACCAAUAAUGAAUCAUGAAUGUCUUUAGAUUCAUCUAGAUAAAUGGAAGCAGGACAGAUCGAUAGUUGAAUAUGAUUAUGGUCCAAGUUGCUGCAAAACGUAACUCUAAAGACAAUGUCAAAAACACACCAUGAACUCGGCAGGGGAAUAACAAAAUGAGCAAAAACUCAAGAGCACCGGUAUUAUUCUUUAGUCUAGUGCACAGAUAGAAGCUCCCAGAAUAAAUGAGUUCUGAGUUUUACCAUUCAGUGAGCUCUACAGUAACAAUAUGCAUAGAGCAGCUUAAGAGGACUGCAGUUCCAAAUGACUGAACAUUUAAAACUGACUUGGAGUCACAUGUGUCAGCGAUGAUAUCUGGCAAUGUUAAAAUUAUCACUGAUCCUUUGAGGAGAAAGACUACCAGUUCCUCCAGCUUUGCCAAAUGCUCCUCAGUUUUACUUUAAACCCCUCUAUUCUCUUAAAAGCUUCCCAGAAACUUUGAACUCCUGCCCUCUCAAAAGAUGACUGUACAACAUCAAGCCUGCAAAUAAGUGUCAUAAUUAUACUUCUGUGUACAACAGAAAGGUAUUUAUUUAUUUGCUUCAGAUCUGUUUGGCACCACAAAAAUAGCAUUUCUUAAAAAUAUCCCCAACCCAAUUGCAUGAAAAAAUUAUUUAUGGCACCCUUGAUGAAACAUUAAGGCCAACCUGUCUAGUUGGAAUGUCUGUUACAAACCAGACUUAAGAUUUACCGUGGGGAGAGCUAAUGUCUUUCAAUAUCAAGACAUUUGCACAUGAUAAUAGAUUAAAUAAGGUCAAGUAUAUUCAAGACAUUUUUGCUUUUGCUUUUCUAAAUGACGCUGUGUUAGCCAAAGAGGACGAUCUCUUUGAAAGGAUUACAUUAGAGAUAAAUCUAUUUUUAUACAUACAAAGGAACAAGACCUUGUGCUGAAUUUUUACAGAUUCUUAAGCUUGGAAAAAUUGGGACAUCGCAUGGCUUUAUUUUAAACCCUCUGAUCUUUGCAGAGAAAGGGGGAAUAAGCAUGCGGUGUAUGGGUGGGGAUUUAGGGAGGGGGCGAAGGAACAUUGUAUCUCGUACAAACUUAACCAUUCAACCAUAUCAAAACAAUUGAAACAAACUUAACAAAAACAAAUUUGAUGUAAAAAAAGAAAAUAAAAAAAGUAAAAACUAAACAGUUAGGGGUAAAACCUGACAGACACAUCUAUACUUUUGAGUGCUUAGGCACACUCGCAUCUCUUGUCCUGAAGUUGUGUACAGUGUUGCUUCAAUGAUGGUGCAGUGAAGUGAAGUUCUUUGACUUGAGAAUCCCAGACAAAGCUGCAAUGAGACCAGCUCAUUGCCCAGCUGAAAAACUGAAUAGCUGCUUGCAAAUAAAAAGGUAAAAUGCAGAUUCAAACAGUGAUGCAAAUUCAUAAUGAACACUGAGCAUGAUUCUUUAUGAUUAGAUAGAUUUGAUUUUUGCCAAAGAAAUGCUUUGCAAGUCAGUACCAAGAAGGAUAAAUUAAGACUAACUAUAUUAUUCCCUGAGUAAUUGCUGUACAAAUCUAUGUUAUUUAUUGAAUAAGGACCCUCUACAAUUUCAGUUAUCAUUACUUUUAAAUAUCUAAGUUGCGCAUAUCAGUUUGCAUUUGUAAAUCCUAAAACCACUAAACCAAAUGCUAAAAUGAAACAGUUGCAAGGAAUCCCAUUUGCACACAUUUCAUGCAGACACCGAAUGAUGAAAAAGGCAUAUCAAAAAUAAAUUAGGAUGAAUCAGUUCACCUCUUGACAAAGGAAAAAUUGUGUGCAUCCAUAAAAUGCAUUUCCCCCAACAUUCAUAUCAUCUGCUUUGUCUUGUGACCAAUUUAAUCCUUUAAAACCGUUAACAUUGCACCACUUACUCUGGCAUCUUUUGAUCUGACUCAUACUGUUUCAUCCCCCGAAAUACUCUGAAUGAUUGUUGCUUUUGUGUUCCAAGUCGACCACAUAAAGGACUAAUCAAGCUAUUAUGGUUCGAGCAAAUUGCAAGAGAGCACCAUAGGACUGAGCACUUGGUGAGACCAGUGAUAGACGUUAGAAACAACCGAGAUAACAGGCCACAUUGAACUACAGCUGGAGUUGUUUACCCAGCCAUGUCCAAUGCAGUACAGUCAACCCACAGAACAAACCCACAGCCCGAAAUGACCUUUCAUACACAGUCUAUACAAAGACGAACACCUACAGUAGAGAACCAAGGACGAUGGCAGGAAACAGUACUACACAGCUUGAGCAACAACAAUAAUCAUUGAAAAAGACAAAAAAACUUUCCUAUGGAACAGUAAGUGCAAUGUGCUUUGUUUUUAUAUUGACUGAGAACAAAUGAUAUAUAUUUUUUAAAAAAGAAAUUAAACGUCACACUGAAAAGGUUUGCGGAACAGUGAAAGGAGCAAAUGUUCAGGCAAAAACAUUAAAACGAACAGACUCAUUAACAAAAUCAAACAAGCAAUGAGAGCUCUGAUCUCUAAAUUUCCAUAAUCACCUCCUUAGCCCCUAAUUUGUGCUCUGACCAUGCAAGCUCAAACAAACUGCAUAUCUGGCUUAAUAGAGCAAGUCUCAAUGACCUUGAAAGGAAUACUGUCUAAUAUAUCAUCAGUUUUAGCCCAUGUCAAUUUCAAAUAUCAUUUUUUUCUUGUAAUUUAUUGAUUUCAUUUACAUAUCAAGACUCACUUGUUAAAUGAGCGUAUUUGUGUUGUUGAUGUUGCCAUAGAGAACACACAUGGGUCAAAGAUUUUGUUUGGUUGCAUUGAUUGGGUACAGUUUAUUUUUCUUCCAUUAUUUAAUUAGUUGCAGUUUUUACAGUGUAUGCAGAUUUUAGACUUAGUUAGAUUUUUUUAUUUCAAUCAAACUGUGUUCAAUUGUGUUUGUAAAAGUCUGUGGUAGCUUUUGUUGCAACAUAAAAUAAUUUAAACAGAAAAAAUUCAAAAUAGCGCCAACAAACUUGUAUUAUUUGGGCGACUUUAAGCUUGUAGUUUUAACUUAUUGUUAACUUAAAAACUAUUUAUUAUGAUUAUUAUUAUUGCCUCGUAUAAAGUAUGUUUUGUGUAUAUUUAUGGUUUAUUUCAUUAUAUUUGCAAGUUUAAAAGAUUUAAGUUUGCCAAAAUUGUGGUUACACCAUUUCGUUUCUUAAAAGGGGGACAAAUAGAAAAACAGCUUUAGAAGUACGAUUUGGAAACGUUCUCCAUAGUCAAAGAAUGCACUGCUAUAUUUAACUAAUUGAAGUGUAUAAACAUACAUGCUGUGUGCUAGAUGUUAUGCCUUUACUGCCUGUGUUCUGUUUGUCUUGUUAAAUGAAAAUCUUUUAAUUAUU